AUGUCCGAACUGUUCAAAGACAUCCCCGAGUUCGUCGAGACGGACAUUGGCGAGGCGCUCGCAGCGCGCACAGAGACCCUAGCGUCGUUCCGCGAGCUCGGUCCGCCCGACCUCUGCCACGUCGUCAAGAGCUACGGCACCAAGGCUGCGCAGAAGGACAUUGGGAGUUACCACUACAUUUCGGGGGCCGAGGCGAGCUCGUCCGCAUCUCUUGCGGCAUACCUCAACUCGCUCCAGUUCCACAUCGAGGAGACACCCGCAUGGUUCGGCAAGGGCUCGGGCUGGCGCGUCCGCCACGGCACCUACUGCUGCUUUAAUGCGUUCUCGCGCGUCGAUGUUCGCGUCGAGGUUAGAAUCCCAGGCGGUGUCGACGCGUACGUCGUCGACCUCCGUGGUGAACGACACGAAGCAACCCCCGAGAUCUGGCAGGAGACGUACUUGGCCGCGCUCUUACGCGCGAUCCGGUACGCCGACGACGCGUCGUACCGCCUCGCAGGGUACCGCAAGCUGGACCCGAUCACGUCUAUCGAGGGCGAGGUGCGCUUCCUCAAGGCUGCGGAGGAGCUUUUCUUCAAUGGAUGGCAGCUGGGCUCCGAUCCUGAAGUGCAGGUGGCCACGGUGGUGAGCAACCAUCUGACCGCGGGGAUCUUCAAGUACUUUGCCGACUCAUUCCGCCUCGAGCGCGCUGCCAACCUUUUCGAGAAGAUGUACGGGCGCGAUCCCGAAGUCGCGGCGUUGCUCGCGCAGAGCUAUAUCGGAAUGAACGAGGAGAUCAAGGCGGUGCAAGUCAUGAACGCCGCACUCAAGCAGGCACCGACGUCGUAUCCCGUCCUUCUCGCGCAGGUCGACUUGUUGCUCAGCAAGGGCAAAGCAGACUGGGCUAGACAGGUUGCGCAGCAGGCGGUCAACUCUGCCCCAUCCGAGUUUAUGACCUGGGCGAAGCUGGCUGAAGCACACAUCACCCUCGGAGAGUUUGACAAGGCGCUGCUGGCAUUAAACUCGUGCCCAAUGUUCACGUUCAACGAGCGCGACUUGCACCGCAUGCCAACACCGCGACACUCGCAUUUACCUACGAAGAAGUUUAUUGCCGACUCGGGCUUGAUCGACGAGGAGAGUGCUCGCGACAACGAGGCCGACGUCGCCCUCCUCCGCCUCCCAGCCCCAGGCUUGCGCGGAACGUUUUCCAAGGCAUACGAACUGCUUACCCUCCUCGUGUCCAAGAUUGGGUGGGACGAACUGCUCAAGACCAGGAGCUCGGUCUUUGUCAUGGAGGAGGAGUACCGCGCCCACCGUACCGGUGCGAGUGUGGAUGUGCGCGAGGAGAACGGACAUGCAGACGAGGACGCAAGCACCCGUGGCUUGUCAAGCCCUCGGAUGAGCGAGGACGCCAAUGGCGAUGCGAUCGAGAAACCCCCGGCUGCGCAAGCAGAGGAGGAGAGCGUGACGGCCGAAAGCUAUGAGGGAUCGGCGUUUGCCAAUAAGCGUCUCUGUGAUCGGUGGCUCGAUAACCUCUUCCUUGUCCUGUAUGAGGACCUGCGCGUGUACACCAUCUGGCGUGCAGAGGUGUCGCAUUUCCAGCUCCAGCACAUGAGCUAUAAAAAGACUGGCACGGAGUGGGAGAUCCUCGGCGAACUCGCACUGCGCCUACACCACAAGGACGAGGCAAAGGACGCGUUCCAGCGCUGUCUCGAGACCAAGUUUAGCGCACGCGCCCUCCUCCGCCUUUUGGAAAUGUACGCGGCCGAGGGAGACCUGCAGCGUACUCUCAACGCGGCGAUCAAGCUCACGGCAUACCACCACAGGUGGUACAUGGAGAGCGCUUAUCCGAGUGCGAUCGCACACGCUAUCUACACGCUCGGCCUCACGCACGGGCUCAGCAAGAUCGAGUACACACUGCUGAGCAUGAACCUGCCGGAGGGGAUUUUUACCCUCAUGCGCUCGUACCUCAACUACGGCAAGAUGUUCGACGUCGAAGGAGCAGAGUACUAA